CCUCAUGGAGGCAGCCCGGAGGAGACGGUGGCCAGGCGGGUGGUGGAAGUGCCUCCUCCGGGCCACGCUCUGGCUUGCCUGCUUCCUCCCGCACUCCGGCAGCUCCACCUGGACCCACGCCGGCCUCCAGUACGCCAGUCGAAGGAAUUGGUGUUCAUACACUGUCACCAGGACCGUUUCCUGCCAUGUCCAAAACGGCACCUAUCUCCAGAGAGUCUUUCAGAGCUGCCGGUGGCCCAUGGGUUGCACUGGAGGCAGCUACAGAACCAUUGUCAGACCAACGUACAAGCAGGCAUACAAGACGGUCACAGCCCUGGAAUGGAAAUGCUGCCCAGGACACACGGGGGCAAAUUGUGAGGCAGGUGUGGGACAGCAGAUCAAGACAGAGAGCGUCGGUUACUUGGAUGCUCAAGAUGCUGGGCAUGGAAGUGCUCCUUUGCGUAGAUUACCUGUCCGACCUGCAACCUUCUCAGGUUGUUUAAACUGCAGCAAAAUGUCAGAACUGUUUGAGCGCCUCAGUUUCUUGGAAGCCAAGGUAGCAACUCUCUCAACAGCUGAGUCAGUGACUUCCCUGGUACCUGGCAGACGACAGUCCCCUAAGGGAGAUGCCUCUGCAGACUCCAUGGCUCUGUGGGGCUCUCUGGCUGCUCAGGGGAGCCCAGGAGAUGAAAGCAUAAAAGCAGGUUUUCCAGGCCCCAGAGAGAGGUUAAGGACACCCAUUCCAGGACGGGAUGGAAGACUGGCCUCACAGGGGCCUCCAGGCCCAGCUGGUCCAAAAGGAGACAUUGGCAUCCGGGGGCCUUCUGGUAUUCCUGGUGCAAGGGGUCCUGUUGGACCACAAGGUCCUCCAGGCCCUCCGGGUCCUCCAGGAAAGGAUGGUGCAAGGGGCUUCCCUGGAGAGAAGGGCUUACCUGGCCUCCCAGGUCCCCCUGGCCCACCAGGUCCACCUGCCCCAGUAGGGCCAAAGAUAUCAGAAAUCCCAGAUCACAGGGACCCUCUUCUGUCAAACAGUUUUAUUGAAACGGGUAUCACAGGGCCAACUGGCCCUCCUGGGCUUCCAGGGCCGAUGGGUCCUCCAGGGCCAGCUGGGAAACCAGGAUCACCAGGUCAUGCUGGAAUCCCUGGAAAACCAGGUGCUGAUGGGGCAGCCGGUAUCUCUGGGGAGAAAGGAGAGAGAGGUGAACCAGGCCCCAAAGGUGAACCAGGCGAUAAAGGCACCUGGGCCAUUAGCUUACAAAGCUUCCUAGAGCAGCAGGCCCAGCUGGAGCUCCUGGCUAGGAGGGUCACCUUGCUGGAAGCUAUCAUCUGGCCAGAACCAGAACUGGGAUCCGGCAUUGGUCCUGCCUCCACUAGCACUCCCAGCUACUACCGGGGGAAACGUGAUGAGAAUCUGGCAGCUUACAGGGUGACCUCCCACCAGCAUGUCCAGAGGAAAGAGGACAAGAAGAAAUGAAGAGUGACCAGCUUGCCUGCUGGGUGCAAAAGGAAAGCACACUUGCAAUCACAGCGGUCUCCUUUGGGGUGGCGUCCAACCCUCUGCCCGCUUUUGACCGUCGCAAGGUGAAGCAGCAGAAAGGGGUGCAUCGCCACUGCGCCUGGGAGAAUACUUGCUUGCUAACAGCCCUGCUUUAUAUUUAUUUGGUCUGUUCCUUUUGUGCAAGGGGUCUGUAACCAAUUUGUUGUGUGCCUGGCUUAAAUUGUUGCCAGAACUGAGCCUGUGUGCACCUUUUGUGAUUGCCUGACUCUCCUGCAGGGGGAGCUCUCCAUCUCUUGGUGCUAUUUUGCAGGGAUGUGUUUCCCCCUUCCCUAGAUACACUGGCCUGUAGUUUGCUGAUACUUUCCUGCCACUGUGGGACUGGACGUUGGCCUGUGAGUUCACUGAAGUAGAGCUGCAGAUCUAUACUGCAUCUCUGCAUCCAUUGUUGGCUCCUCCUACCUAGUUGCCCCUCUUCCCCGACAGACUGGCAAGGGAAUGGGAGAAAGCUCCAGGCCUUUCCAGAUUGUUUCAGUAUGCAAAGGAUGCACAGUUGUUAUUCAGUUCUUGUGGGAAUGCAGAAUGAGAUGUACUUUCUCUCUGAACAAAAGAUUUCCCACCCCAUUCCUUACCCUUGUGUCUUUAUACAACUGGAGUAUCUUGGUCCCUGGGACAGAAGGAAGGAAUAAAGGGGAGACGUGACAGGAACCUAUUGGCUAGUAGCUGUGACAUAAGUGGUUUGAUCAGCAACACACCCCCAUGCUAUUUUAACCUCCACCCUAUUUUUUCAGUUCCCUUCCUCAAUUUAGGAGUUUGAUCACUCCCUGCUGAACCAUUCCAGCAGAAACUGGUACUUGUGCUUUUAAAUCUGGGUAAAGGAUGAAACCAGCGGGCAUUCCCAAGGCUACCUCGCCCCACCCAUCACUGAGAACUUAUUUCCCCCUUUUAAAAAUAUGGUUUCUGUGUCCUUAUAGUGUAUACUUGGUUAGAAAAUCAAGAUGAAAGAAAAACCACAAAACAGACCAGUGAUACCCCCACAACCACUUGCAGCAAGAUUUUACAUACACGUACACACAAAAUCCGUCCAUUGUUUGGGAAUAGCAUCAGAUUGCUCCAGAGUUAACUUUAGCAACUAUGGUAAAAUCCAUUUCUUUCCCCAUCAUGUGGAACAUGGCCUCAUUUUCCAGCAUUGUAAUUCCCAAUGACAUGAAUUGUCUCUUUUGUCUGGGUGCUGCAAAGGCCCUGGAUGCGGGCUGAUAGGUGCAGCUAGAACGGCUCUAGACCCUGACCUUGGUGUUUGGAAUGUUGCCGGCAUCCUCAUCUCCUGCUUUUCCACAAGGCAGCAUAGAACAGUAAGAUUUGUGAAGUAUAGUCACCUGGCUACCCUAGAUGAAUAAGAAGUGGGACCUCCAAGGCCAGAAAAGUCGGGGGCAGUAAUCAGAGGGCACAGAAAUAGGGACCCUUUUGGAGAUGCAGCACCCCCUUCCCAUACACUGAGCUAAAAACUUUCUUUUAGCUAAGAUUUUCAGGCAUCUGUGCCAGCCAUCAGAUGGGGAGGGAUAUUUCACCCACACAGACUACCCGUCUGCCCUCUAAUUGUAGGCCCUUUAGACCUUUGCACAGCUGAACAGCAAAUGUCUUCUGCAGGCACUCUGGGGACUGUGGAGGGGAGGGAACUACUUUUAUAUCAUAUACACUUUGGAAUUUCAGCAGAUGUGGGUACCAGUUCUAUCAAGGUCAAUAAAACAUCUCAGAACA